AUGGAGCCGAUGGGCCCUUCCAUUCCCUCACUAGCAGUUUCCUUCCCAGCAUUACCGUUGUUUGGACCCACUGUGAAAGAGGAGAUGUGCUUUAGUAAACAGUAUACAUUAGUGUUCUAUUAUACAGCAUACAUCAAUGCUCUAGUACACAGUAUACAUCCGUGCCCUAUUAUACAGUAUACAGCCUUACUCCAGUAUACAGUAUACAUUAGUGCUCUAGUAUACAGUAUACAUUAUAUACAAUACACAUUAGUGCUCUAGUAUACAGUGCACAUUAAUGCUCUAGUUUACAGUAUACAUUAGUACUCUUGUAUACUGUAUACAUUAGUAUUCCAGUAUACAGUACACAUCCGCUUUAGUAUACAGUAUGCAUUCGUGCUCUAGUAUAAAGUACACAUCAGUGCUUUAGUAUACAGUAUACAAUCAUGCUCUAGUAAAAAGUACUCAUUAUUGCUCCAGUAUACAGUAUACAUCCGUGCACUAGUAUUUAGUAUAAAUUAUUGCUCUAGUAAACAGUAUACAGUAUUGCUCAAAUAAACAGUGUACAUCCGUGCUCUAGUAUACAGUAUACAUCCAUGCUCUAGUAUACACUAUACAUCAGUGCUCUAGUAUACACUAUACAUUA